CUUAAAAAUUCUCAUGAAAUUGAUUCUAUCAUGAUUCUCAUUUUAUGCAUAAUGAGAUCCUCCCAAAUUCCACAGUAUGGAAACGGUGAGUUAAUGGUUCUGUGAGAGGAAGGUGCCUUGAGAGAUGGAGUCAAUAAACACAAACUUCACUGUCACUGAAUUUGUCUUCCUGGGCUUGUCCCCCGAACCAAAGAUGCAGCUGAUUCUUUUUAUUAUGUUCUUGUUCUUCUAUUUAUUAACGGUGGCUGGAAAUGUUAUAAUCAUCACUAUCAUCCAGAUGGGACCUCGUCUCCAAACCCCCAUGUACUUUUUCCUCACCAAUUUAUCUUUUCUGGACAUUUGCUACACAUCCACCAAUGUUCCACAAAUGCUGUCCAACAUGGUGGGGAAAAAGAACACCAUCCCAUUCUCUAGCUGUGCUACUCAGAUGUACUUCUCCCUCUCCUUUGGAAUGAUUGAGUGUAUCCUCCUUGGUAUCAUGGCUUAUGACAGAUAUGUAGCCAUUUGCCAUCCUCUGCAUUAUGCUUUCAUUAUGGAACAAAACACCUGCAUUCGACUGGCAGUCAUUUCUUGGUCCAGUAGCUUUCUGAGUUCCAUGGUUAUCAAUGUUCUUACUUUGAGUUUGCCCUACUGUGGGCCUAACAUCCUGAAUCACUUUUUCUGUGAGGUACCUUCUGUCCUGAGGCUGGCUUGCACUGACACCUCAUUCACGGAGCUGGUUGUUUUUAUCUUCAGUAUCAUCAUUGUCUUCAUCCCUUUCCUCUUCAUUUUUAUUUCCGACAUCCGGAUCCUUCAAUCUGUUCUCAGGAUGCGGUCAGCCUCUGGGCGGUAUAAGGCAUUAUCCACCUGUACCUCCCAUUUGACAGUGGUGACUUUAUUUUAUGGGACUGCCAUCUUCAUGUACAUGAGACCCCGGUCAAAGUCCUCCUGGGCUGGGGGCAAGAUCAUUGCAGUUUUCUACACAGUGCUCACACCCAUGCUCAACCCCUUGAUUUACAGCCUGAGGAACCAAGAUGUGAAAGGAGCUUUAAGGAGAGCUAUUUCAAAGCAGAGGAUGUGACAGCUGGUAAAGAGACACCAACCUUCACUCUUAAUCUAAGAUAAUUACCUUCUGAAAGUGAGAAAGUAAAAAAUAGCUCGGAGAGCCAACAUCUGCCCAGUAGUCAUUUAUGAAGGGUACAUAAAUUCAGGUGCAAACUCAGCAGCAAAAAAUAUUUCCUCCAAGCACAUGGCAGGGCUUUCAUGUGACCAAACGACUCCCUUCAUUGAGCUACUGCUAUUACGUUACUCACUAAAAAAUAAAUAAAAUAAAUCACUUGUUUCUUUAAAAUCACAGACUAUCUGAAAUUAUUUUUUUGAAAUUAGUGAGGUAAAAUAUUUUUCUCUCUUCUGGAGAAUCUAAGUCAUUUUGAUACAGAAGAGAAAUCUCAAUUUCCAACUCAGGUGCAGAAAUUCAGAUUAAUGGUUUUCUAAUGCAACAGUCCACAUCUGUGUUAAUUUUGUAGUUUCCAGGGAAACAGAACCCUGCAUCUACUUUUUUUGUUUGGACUUCUCAUUGUUCCCUUUACCUAUCCUGCUUUGUAAUAUUUUAUCAAAAUAUUGCUUCAUUUAAAUUUCACCUAAACUCCUUUCUUCCCACAAAUUCAGUGAUAGCUCUAGUUCUUCCUAUGUUUGAAGAAAUACUCCAUGGUUUCCCUGACGUGUGUUCCCUCUCUUUGCAAUGUGUCAGAAAAAUCUUAAUUUGUCUAUGUAUAAGUUUGUUCCUGGUGACCUUAGACUAAUUGUGUGUACAGGUGGAGGAGGGUGAUCAGAAGCAGAAGAUUUGGUCAAGUGUUAAUUAAUAUAUUAAAGGAUUCAUUUACUCAUUGAUAGCUUAUUAUUUCAUUACUAUGUAAUAUAAUGUUAAACAAAACAGAAAUGUAUCUUGUUCUUAAG